AUGUCCAUCUGGGCCGCCAACCCCUCCACCACGAGGGGUCAGCCCACCCAGCUAUCAUCGGAUGCUAAAGGAGAGCGUCUCGCCUAUGCGUCAGGUAAAUCGAUCUUCUUGCGGUCGAUCGACAACCCCGCAGUCGCCAGACAGUACACCGAACACAAGGCGCAAACGACAGUGGCUCGCUUUUCGCCCUCUGGUUUCUAUGUCGCCAGUGGUGAUGCCACCGGUCUUGUAAGAGUUUGGGAUUGUGUCGGCGACGGAAUUACAAAGGGUGAAUACAGCAUCAUCAAUGGUCGCAUCAAUGAUCUCGCAUGGGACGGCGAUUCUCAGCGCAUCAUUGCCGUCGGAGAUGGGAAGCAACGCUACGGCCACUGUAUCACAUGGGACAGCGGCAACACAGUCGGUGAAAUCUACGGACACACCCAACAGAUCAACUCCGUCUCCAUCAAGCAACAAAGGCCAUUGAGGGCGGCUGCUGCGGGUGACGAUAAGUCCAUGGUUUUCUACCAUGGAGCACCUUUCAAAUUCAACACAGGGAUCCGGGACAAGCACACAAACUACAUUUACGGGGUUGGAUUCAGCCCAGAUGGCUCGACUUUGGUCAGUGUGGGUGCCGACAGGAGGAUCUGGUUGUACGACGGAAAGACAGGCGAAGCUAAGGGGCAGAUCGGAGAAGGUGAACACCAGGGAAGCAUCUUCGCUGUUUCGUGGGCGAAGGACUCCAAGAAGUUUGUCACCGCAAGCGCAGAUCGGACGGUGAAGAUUUGGGAUGUCGAAGCUGGCAAGGCUUCCCAAAGCUGGACUCUGGGAGAAGAAGGAAGUGCGAAUGUCCGCGACCAGCAAGUUGGCGUGGUAUGGCCCCCGGGCAGAAGCGACAACCUGCUUAUCAGUUUGUCGCUCAGUGGUGAUCUGAACUACCUUGUCGAAGGUACCCCCGCGCCACGACAAGUAGUGCAAGGCCAUCAGAAGAGUAUUACAUCUUUGACCCAAUCACACUCCGAGGGUAACAAUGAUACUCUAUGGACCGGCAGCUCCGAUGGAAGAGUGUGCAGUUGGGAUGUUUCCAAUGGAACUGCCGAUGAGGCGGACGGAGAUUGUCAUUCCGCAUAUGUCGCCGGUCUCGCGACGACUCAAGAAGGUACUGGCAGAAUCUACAGCGUGGCUUGGGAUGACACCAUCCGAUCUGUCGAUGUUGGCGCCAAGACAUACACUGGAAGCAAUUCCAAGCUAUCUGGCCAGCCCAAGAGUGUCGCUGCCGGUGACUCGAUUGUUUUGGUAGGAACCUCUGAAGGCGUCGAGAUCUACCAAGAUGGACAAAAGAGUGGUGAUUUCAAGCCGAAAUCUGCAGUCACUGCCGUUGCAGCACAUGGCCGUGUUGCAGCGGUUGGAGGUGAGGAUUCAUCCGUGCAGAUUUGUGACAUCUCUAGCUCGAGUCUUUCGCCGAAGACGGAUAUCAAAGCCUCGCGCAACCCGGUGUCUGCUCUUGCUUUCUCACCCGAUGGUACUCUUCUGGCUAUUGGUGAUUCACGUGGCCGCGUGCUCGUGUACAAGGUCGCUGAUGGUAGCCUGGUUACCGAUCGUUGGACUGCCCACACUGCCAGAAUCACAUCUAUCGCUUGGAAUGAAAGUGGUACACUUGUGGCAAGCGGUUCGCUGGACACCAACAUCUUCGUGUGGAGUUUGGCCAGCCCAGGAGAUUGGUUGCAGGUAUCCAAUGCCCACAAGGAGGGCGUCAACGGUGUGGCCUGGCUCGCGGGAGGUUCGAAGAUCGCCUCAGCUGGUGCUGAUGCCGCAGUCAAGGUGUGGAAGGUAGAAGGAUUGAAUUGA